GUCACACUUGCUCGUCAACUGGAACGAUGAGCACUUUCCACGACGCAUCGUCCUCGUCCCAACCUUUCAAGGACCCCACACCUCUUCCCUCCUCGGUGCCCAAGGUCGAUGAACUUGGCACGACGAGCGGGCCGCUGAAGAGCGCUGCGUUCUUCAUCGGGGCAUAUUGUAAGGAUUACAAUGAGGACUUCAUGCUCUGCAAGGCGGAGAACAGGGAUCCUGGUCAUUGUUUGAAGGAGGGCCGCAAAGUGACACGGUGUGCGACAGACCUCAUCAAUAAGAUGCGUGACAACUGCCUGCAGCAGUUUGACGAGCACUGGAACUGCUUGGAGCUUAAUAACCAGGAUUAUAAAUACUGUCGCAAGCCGGAGCGUACACUCAACCAGUGCAUGUUUGAAAAACUUGGCCUUAUGAAGAGCAUUCCAGGUACGCCCACGGGCCAAACCCCGAUACAUGAAGUAGAGAAGCCUUUCUACGGACGCAUGCAGAAAUGA